ACUGGUUUGUUUAAAACAUGGCAUCCGCCGCAGUUGAGACAAUAGUGGAGGAGAUUGUUGAACAAAUCGUUUUUUCAGCAGUUGAAAAUGCUGUCGAAUCAGCAGUAGAGAGUGAGGUGGAACAGCUCGUAGAGGAAGUCGCAGAGCAAACAGUCGAAGAAAGCGUGGAGUCUUUAGUUGAAGAAGAAGUGGAAAGUAUUGUAGAACAAGAAGUAGAACAACAGGCGGAGCAAACGGUGGAAGAAAGUGUAGAAAAUGCGGUCGAGGACGCUCAGGAAGGUUUUUGGAAAUCUAUGCUGAGAGAUAAAGUCCUUCCAGCCGUCAUCGCAGGCAUAACCAGUGGCCUGGUAGUUCUAGGAAUCAAGGAGGCAAUUGAUAAGUCACAAAAGGACAGUGGCAGUGGAAAUACUAAAGAGACUGAUAAUGAUCAACAAGCGGUAUCAAAAGUGCUUGAGGUUGUAGAUGAAGUCAAUAAACGUUGGAAAAACAAGCUGGAAGACUACCAAAAGAAAGGCAUAGACCUGGGUACAUUCCAGUACAAAAACAAAACACAAGACGCCGGUAAAACCUUUGGAGUAUUGGUCACAAAUAUGAGUAUGGAACUCAACGCUGCUAAAGACAUUGCUGUCAAGAGUACAGCUCACAAGAGCUGGAAUAGGAAUAUCGAGGAAUUCAAAUGGCGCGUGGCGAAUGCAUGUGAGGAUCUGUUGGCUGUGUUUGAGGUGAAAAACGCUGGGGGAAAGUUGAAGAAAUUAGAUUUCCCCCUUGAUGCGGACAAGGAUUCGAUCAACUCAGUGCUGGAUAAGCAAAUGCCUGAAUAUAAGAAUAUCAUCAAGAUUGAGUUAAAACGCCAUCUCAACUCAGCAGUCAAUAGUAUUGCUAAAAAAAGUGGUGUCAAUGCAGUCAAAAAGUUGAUUAGUAACCCACUUCAGACCAAAAUUAAAGUUGGCUUUGAAAAAGAGAUUAUUCCUGAAGUCAAGGCAGAAGCUAAACAAGCAGCAAAGGCAGAAACGACGGUGGUUAUUAACAGCUACAUGCCUGAAAUCAAUAAGCAUGCAGCUAUUCCUGUCUAUGGAAUCGCAACACUGAAGCAUUGGAUGGAAAAGUAUGUAGCACCCACCGCUAAGAAGGACGCAACUGCGAAAGCUGUACAAGCUGCAAAUGCUGUACUUGAGCUUCCACCAGCGCAGAUAAAGUCAACGAAAAUAUCUGAAGCAGCGAAGAAAGAAGUCAUGAAAGAGUACAGUCAGAAAAUCAAGCAGGUCGCUAAAGAAGCAGUGGAGAAAGAAAUCAAGAAAGCAGUUGAAGAUGCAAAUAAGCCAAAGGGCAACAAAUAGAAGCAGCAACAUGCAAGUUGUC